AUGAGCUUACAACAUGUUGAGGAUAUUAACAAGCCUGGAGUGGUGAUCGAGGUGAAUCCACUUAGCAAGAAGAUGUCAGACGAUUCAAUGGGCCAUGAAGUCCAAGACUUUAUGGAUAAGUUCUUAGAUAUGUCUGAGAAUGCCAAAGAAAAUGACAGAAAAGAGAAACAUAUGUCCUUGAAAGAGGGCUUGAAGACUUUCCCUAAGGCUGCAAUGUGGUCAAUUAUCUUAAGUACUGCAUUAAUUAUGGAAGGGUAUGAUACCAAUCUUUUGAAUUCAUUAUACGCCUUUCCUGAUUUCGCUAGAAAGUUUGGUGAGUAUAGCGAAUCUGCUGGGCUGUACCAAGUUCCAGCAAAAUGGCAAACCUCUUUGAGUAUGUGUGUCAAUGUUGGUGAAAUUAUUGGAUUGUUCUUUGCAGGUAUUAUUGCUGAUAGAAUUGGAUACAGAAAGACACUUAUUGGUGCUUUGAUUCUUACAACUGCGUUUAUAUUUAUUGUUUUCUUUGCUACCAAUGUCGAAAUGUUGUUAGCUGGUGAGUUAUUAUUGGGUCUUCCAUGGGGUGCGUUCCAAACUUUAACAGUUUCGUAUGCUUCCGAAGUUUGUCCUACUACUUUGCGGGUUUAUUUGACAACUUAUGUUAACGUUUGCUGGGUUUUUGGUCAACUAAUUUCUUCUGGUAUCCUUCGUGGUCUCGUUUCCAGUGAUAUGGAAAAUGUCUAUCGUAUUCCAUUUGCUGUCCAAUGGGUAUGGCCAAUUCCAAUUGCUAUAGGUAUUUAUUUAGCACCCGAAUCUCCAUGGUGGUUAGCAAGAAAGAAUAGAAUACAAGAAGCCAAGGAUUCAAUCAAAAGGUUACUUACAGUUAACGAACAUUUACCAGAUAAGGAGGUUUUGGCUGAAGCAAUGGUGCAAAAGAUACAGAUGACUUUAAAAGAAGAAGCACUUCAGAACAGCGGGGAAUCAUUCUUAGAUUGUUUUAAGGGCCAAGAUCUUCGCAGGACCAGAAUUGCUGCAAUUGUUUGGGUCAGUCAAAACUUAACUGGUUCUUCGUUAAUGGGAUAUUCAACUUAUUUUUACCAACAAGCAGGCCUUGGGCAAAAUAUGUCUUUCACGUUUUCGAUCAUACAAUAUUGUUUUGGAAUAAUUGGUACUCUUGGCUCUUGGUUACUUUCCCAAAAAGCUGGUAGGUUUACAAUUUAUUUCUACGGGCUUUGCACCUUGUUUUGCAUUUUAUUCGUAGUUGGAUGUCUUGGUAUCAAUCCAACAGAGUCAUCAUCAUGGGGUGUUGGAAGUCUAUUAUUGGUGUACACCUUUGUUUACGAUCUCACUAUCGGUCCUCUUUGUUAUUGUAUCGUAGCUGAAAUUCCAUCAACAAAACUUCGUACCAAAACUAUUAUUAUUGCCAGAAAUGCGUACAAUAUUGCCGGGAUUGUCACCGCAAUUAUUACUCCAUACAUGUUAAAUCCAACCGCUUGGAAUUGGAAAGCUAAGACUGGUUUCUUCUGGUCUGGUUUCUCAUUUUUUGCAGCUAUUUGGUGCUGGUUUGAUUUACCUGAAACCAAGAACAAGACUUUUGCUGAAUUGGAUCAAUUAUUUGAAAAUAAAGUUAAAGCCAGACACUUCAAGAAUACAGAGGUUGAAGUCUUUAAUGCAGACGAACUUAUUGAAAAAUUAGGAGAAAAUGGAAUCAAAGAUCUUGUUGCUAAUGGUACUACUAAAGAUGAAUUCUCAGAAAAAGUUUAA